GUUGCCGCCGCCGCCGCCACCCCCGCCCAGGAUGGCGGAAGUGGAGGCGCCGACGGCGGCCGAGACGGACAUGAAGCAGUAUCACGGCUCCGGCGGCGUCGCCAUGGAUGUGGAACGGAGUCGCUUCCCCUACUGCGUGGUGUGGACGCCCAUCCCGGUGCUCACGUGGUUUUUCCCCAUCAUCGGCCACAUGGGCAUCUGCACAUCCACAGGAGUCAUUCGGGACUUCGCGGGCCCCUACUUUGUCUCGGAGGACAAUAUGGCCUUUGGAAAGCCUGCCAAAUUCACCCUCCUGCCCUUUGGGAACAAAGGAGCCAUGGAAGGUAGAAGAGAGGCAUUGUUUGGAGCUCUGCUGCAAAGUUCUUGUUGGAGAGAAUAGAAACCGUUCAGCCUUCUGGGAGCUAUUGCUGGUUUGGUUUGGGACGUUUGGUCUUCAUCUUUGCAGUCUCAGGUACUGGAAGUUGGACCCUGCUCAGGUCUAUGCUAGCGGGCCCAACGCAUGGGACACGGCUGUGCACGACGCCUCUGAGGAGUACAAGCACCGCAUGCACAAUCUCUGCUGUGACAACUGCCACUCGCACGUGGCAUUGGCCCUGAAUCUGAUGCGUUACAACAACAGCACCAACUGGAAUAUGGUGACGCUCUGCUUCUUCUGCCUGCUCUAUGGGAAGUACGUCAGUGUUGGGGCCUUCGUGAAGACCUGGCUGCCCUUCAUCCUUCUCCUGGGCAUCAUCCUCACCGUCAGCCUGGUCUUUAACCUCCGGUGAUGGCUGCUCGGUGGCCCCACACCCACCAGGGUCCCGAGGAAACAGCCGCCAUCCCUUUUGGUUCCAGAUUUUUUUCCCCUCACCCCAAAAGGCAGGGUUGGGCGUGUUGUUGUGGCCCGGGGGUCGGGGCUGGCUGGAUGGAAGGGCUGAGGACCAGCAUGAGGUGGGGGUUUGUUGUCUCUCUGCCUCUCAGAAGCACCCCGUCCCCUCCUCCCCAGGCCUGUGACUCCGGCCCCGGAAGCCCCUUUGCUCUUGUGUUGAAAGGCUUUGGCUUCCCUCUGUAGAGCUGCUCCUGCCACUGCCUGCUGGGGUCCUGCCUCAGCCCAGUGCCCAGUGCGGAGAGAGGAGGACAUUUGGGCUCACCUGUCAAGAUGACCCUGGGACCAGAGCUGGAUUGGGAGCCUGUCUUUCUGCAUUAGCUGUGGUCCCAGCAUGGGGUGGGGUACACUUACGUGUCUCUAUAAGCCAAGCUGCUUCAGGACCUUCACCACUGGCCUCUAGAAUGGUCCAGAGGGGCUGGCUGGGUCCCUUUGUCAGACUUCUGCCGGCAGCUGCCCUGGGGGACAUGUGUGCCCAUCUGGCGUCCUCCAGCCCGUGCAGUCCACUCUUCAUUGUCUCACGGCCUUCCAGUGCCUCCCAGCAUUGGACCCAUCUCCCCCUGCCGUUUGAGGCCAGAGAGGUGAGUGGACCUGACAAGUGCCAGAGUAACCGUGUAGACAGAGCAGUGUAGACAGCACUCAGCCCCAGCCCCAGGUGUGGACCUCACACUGGUGAUGGCUCCCCUGGGUGGCCUGCCAGCACAGCCAGUGCCAUCGGGGAGCUGAAGGGGCUGUCCCCCACCUAACUCCAGCUCCCCCUUUCUUCAUGUUGUCAGCAAGGCCUUGUGCUGCCCGCCUCGCGCCCCCUGCUCUGUGGAUUCCUUUGGGAAGGGCUCCCUGGGCAGGACAAUAAAGAGUUUUGAUUCCA